UGCGGUGUACAUUGUAAAGCUGGUCAUUAUAAAAAUGACAGGAGUUGUAUGCAUUGCUGUGAUCCGGGAGUAAGGUACUAAUAGUUUUAAAGUCAAUACGUAUUUUUGGAAGUUUUACUUUGAUAUGAACAGAUUGCCAGGUUUUGCACCAUCCUCCUUAUAGAUGAAAGAAGGGUCAUGUCGAAGAAUUACACAGUAUCUGUACGAAAUACUCCGACUUUUGUUGUGCUAAAACUAAUAUGUCACCUUUUCUGUAAAAGUAUAUAUUUAAAAUGGUUCAUGGCAAAUACCUUAAAAAUCAACAAAGUGAUAUUUUAACUGAUUUACCGACAAGACUGUUCGGACAUUCCAGGAUAUAGCCUGUAGACUAUACAUGUCAACCUUCUUAAAGAAAACGUUUUUAAAAAGUUUCAAAUAUGACCAACCCAGAGUCAUGAAAGGAAAGCUGUGUGUAUGUACCUAACCCGACAGUGAAUACAUGUAUAGCGGCCGUGCUCCGUAAUACUUCUAUAGAACACUACGUACCUCCAUGUCUGCAUUCCGGCAAUUUGCCCGUGCGAGGGUCACGACUUGGAGGAGGGCGUUCGGCCUGUGUAAAUCGUCACAUUAAACAUGUUUUUUGGAUCAAAAUUAAUGCAAAAACGAUUUCUCAAGGGGCAAAAUUGUUUUCCAUUUUAAUGGUAAUUGUGAUUUUUUAUCUAUGAAAUCCGCUGAGAUGCUAACUUUGGACAUCAUCCCGAUUCGGCACCCCUCAGACGAGCAUGCUGUGUGACACUUGGCUUGUGUGUGUUCGCUGGUUGUGUGUGCUAGCUAGUUUACUGAUGGUAAAUACCUCAAGACCGGCUUAUCACGACUCUGGUUCCAAAGGUAAUUGGUUGACCAGGGAAGAGAUCCGGAAAGCAAGAGCGAGGUGGAAAGCGGCGAUGAUGAUGAAGACGACGGAUGACGAAGAUCUUGUCCUUCCGAAUGAUAACGGGAGUGGAUGGAUGAUGCAGAAGGAUGGAGGGAAUUACCAUUUUACACGUUAUACGGGUUCAGCAUCGAGAUUACACUCGUCUACAUGUUGCCGACUAGGGAGAGUAUCGGCUUCACGAAGGAAGCCAUGUCAUAGUGGGUACUACAACAACCAAUUGAAGGAGAAACUCCGGCGAUACCGCUUAUAUCGUUAUAAACAGCGGUUAAAGCUGCUGAGGAGUCGCCAUGGAAGUCAUUAUAGACGAAACAUUAUGAAUAAGUACCAAAGAUGUGCUCUACGUCGCAACAGUCAAUUCCAAAAAUGUUGUAAAGCCGUAUAUUACCAGAAGAAACGACGGCACAGAAACUGGCGCAUGUACGCUAGAUACCGGAACUCUCUCUAUAAACGGAAACGCCGUCGACACUGAGGAUUAUGGGUAAUAACAUUUUAAAUGCAAUUUUAAUUGUUCUCAUUCAGGUGUCAGUAAAAAUAAAUGUCUCGUUGUUGUUAUUUCA